CUAUAUAUAUAGGAGAUGCUUCAUGAAGGGCUUAACCUUGGAUUAUUGCAAAAGUGGGUGGACAAUAAUAAUUGGAGAAUUUUUCUUAGGCGUGGCUUUUACGAUGCUCGACUCGAGCGCAACGAAGAUGCUAUAAAAGCAAGUCUCACCGAUUGUCGAAGCGCACUCACAUUACGAAAACGGUUCGUCGUCGGUGGUUGUCUUUCGAUUACGGCCAUGGGACUCAUCAUUUUUCUGAUCGUGUGUGUCGUCUUGACGGCGUGCGAAGGUAAAUACGAGGAUAAUGAAUUUCGCUACGUGGGACCACCGGCGCCCUUGGCUGAAGAUGGAAGGGUAAUUGACACACCUGAAGUGGCUCAUGCUCGUGCCAUGCAUUUGGCAGCUCACGCCGAGGCCCUUCGAAGAUUGGCACAAGUGCCCACACCUCCGGAUGCUUACGAGGACACUCGUGGCAACGAUGGUGUCUAUCACGACACAUCCUAUGUUUCUUCAAUUGCUUCCAGAAAUUAUAUAGCACCAAUCGUCUACAAUGGCCGAGUAAUGGACACCCAGGAGGUGGCACGGACAAAGACAGCACACCUAUCGGCAUACAAUCAAGCGCUGAGCAACAGUUACUAUCAACCCCAAGUGAAUUACGAUACGAGAAGAAAUUACGUUUAUUCAUCGCCAAUACAUGUUUCCUAUACGCAUAAUGUGCCAGCAAGUUAUAAUGGACCAUUGGCGCCACUGGGACCCGAUGGAAGAGUUAUCGAUACACCGGAAGUUGCCGAAGCAAAGGCGGCCCACAUGAAAGCUCACGCUUACGCCGCCUCAUUGGUUGGACAACCUCCUGCCUACAAUACUAUAUAUUAAAUUUUAUUUUUUUAUAAUCUAAACAUAAUUUUUUCUAUUAAAAAACAAAAUAAAAAAAAAUAU